UCCCAAACAAGGAAAUGGUGGGGUAAUAAAACGAUCGGAUCAUUUAAUUAAUGCAUGUAAUAAUUAAUAUUUUAUUUUAUUGUAAAUUAAGAAACAUUUAUGGGUUCAAAUGGACCACGACUUCAAAACGAGGCUCGCCGCCGAGAGGGAGAGAGUGGAAGAUCUGUUUGAAUAUGAAGGUUGUAAAGUGGGUCGCGGCACAUACGGGCAUGUUUAUAAAGCCAAGCGUAAAGACGGGAAGGAUGAGAAGGAGUAUGCGCUGAAACAGAUAGAAGGCACUGGUAUUUCCAUGUCUGCCUGCAGGGAAAUUGCUUUGCUGAGAGAGUUAAAGCACCCAAAUGUCAUCACCCUGCAGAAAGUAUUUCUCUCUCACAGUGACCGCAAAGUCUGGCUGCUGUUUGACUAUGCUGAGCAUGACCUGUGGCACAUCAUAAAAUUUCAUCGCGCAUCAAAGGCCAACAAGAAACCCAUGCAGCUACCGAGGGGGAUGGUGAAGUCUCUGCUUUACCAAAUCUUAGACGGCAUCCAUUACCUGCAUGCCAACUGGGUCCUGCACAGAGAUCUGGGCUGUCGACACUAUUUUUACCAGCCUGUGGAAUUUGUUAUUGUGUUUGGUUACACUGUGGCUUUCAGUGUUAUCUUGACUCACUCGAGUAUUGGAGCCACAUCAUCUGAUAUGGGGUUUGCCCGACUCUUUAACUCUCCACUGAAGCCUUUGGCCGAUCUGGACCCAGUGGUCGUCACAUUCUGGUACCGAGCACCCGAACUACUGCUCGGGGCGAGACACUACACCAAAGCAAUCGAUAUUUGGGCAAUAGGCUGUAUCUUUGCGGAGCUGUUGACGUCAGAACCAAUCUUCCACUGCCGACAAGAAGACAUAAAGACCAGCAAUCCUUUCCAUCACGACCAGUUAGAUCGCAUAUUCAGCGUCAUGGGCUUCCCAGCAGAUAAAGACUGGGAAGAUAUCCGGAAAAUGCCAGAAUAUCCUACGCUACAGAAAGAUUUCAGAAGAACCACAUAUGCCAACAGCAGUCUUAUCAAAUACAUGGAGAAACAUAAAGUCAAACCAGACAGCAAAGUGUUUCUACUGCUCCAGAAAUUGCUGACUAUGGACCCCACCAAAAGAAUCACUUCUGAGCAGGCACUGCAGGACCCAUAUUUCCUGGAGGAUCCUUUACCUACGUCUGAUGUAUUUGCAGGAUGUCAGAUUCCCUACCCCAAACGAGAGUUUCUAAGUGAGGAUGAACCAGAGGAGAAAACAGAGAAGGGUGAGAUGGCACGUGCCAGAGGUCCUGAUGUUCAAAUACCUCCCAGUCUGUUCGUUCAAAGCAGUCCUGCAGCUGAGAGAGAUAUUCCUCAGGCCAAUGAGAGCUGCGCUAGCGUUAGCGUCUGGUGGAAUGUACACCGCACCUCAGGAACCAGUGUUCUUCAAACAGACUACCAGCACUCCAGCUCGCGGCUUGGUUACCAGAGCACUGUCCAAGGCUCUACUCAGUCGCAAAGCACUAUGGGAUACUCGUCCUCAUCUCAGCACUCUCAUCAGUCUCAUCGAUACUGAGACUCAAAAACGUACAUAAGCACUUAAAAUAAAUAUUAACCACAAGCAUAAAGCCAGGCAAGUCAGCGUUGUGAUUCAAAAAUGGAUUGCUGGGUCUGUCCCGUAAUACGGCCCCAACAUAAACAUAAAACCCAAGUUUAUUCCCUUACAAAGCCUCCUGCCAUCCCACAAUCCUCAGCAAAUGCUACUCCAACCAAAGCACAACUUUACAAUCCCUUUCUUUCGAUCAGAGCUCCUCAAAAGAAGCAGCGCCAUAAUUGGGCAUUUUCCUCAAUAUCUCAAGUUUUUCAGUAUACUGUAUUACAACUUCCACCAGCUCUGACACCAACCAUACCUACGAGUCUGCUGACUGUUCAGCAUCUUUAAUGCUUAUUCAUUCUUAUUUUACCACCGUUAGACCAAAACAGUCUCAAAAUGAUCAGCCAAAUGCUAUUCGGGUCAUAGCUACAGAUAGAAGUGACAUGAGGCUUGUUACAAUUGGUCGUUAAAGGGUUAGUUCACCCAAAAAUGAAAAUUAGCCCAUAAAUUACUCACCCUCAA